UUUCCGGGGUCGGGUACUAAAGAGAACCACUUCCUGUGACGGGCUGCGUCACUUCCACUCGAGUUCGGCGUUUCGUCUGUGAGAGCUCACGCGGUUUCAACAUGCGUAUUGAGAAGUGUUAUUUCUGUUCGGGGCCCAUUUACCCCGGCCACGGCAUGAUGUUUGUCCGCAACGAUUGCAAGGUGUUCAGAUUCUGUAAAUCCAAGUGUCAUAAAAACUUUAAAAAGAAGCGCAAUCCUCGCAAGGUCAGGUGGACUAAAGCAUUCCGUAAAGCAGCUGGUAAAGAGCUUACAGUGGAUAAUUCAUUUGAAUUUGAAAAACGUAGAAAUGAACCUGUUAAAUACCAGCGAGAGCUAUGGAAUAAAACUAUUGAUGCAAUGAAGAGAGUUGAAGAGAUCAAACAGAAACGCCAAGCUAAAUUUAUAAUGAACAGAUUAAAGAAAAAUAAAGAAUUACAGAAAGUUCAGGACAUCAAAGAAGUCAAGCAAAACAUUCAUCUUAUCCGGGCCCCUCUUGCUGGCAAAGGAAAGCAAUUGGAAGAAAAAAUGGUGCAGAAAUUACAACAGGAUGUGGACAUGGAAGAUAUUUCUUAAAGAUCUCACUAUUUCUAUAAGUGCAUUUGAAAAUCUCCUUAGGAGACCAAGAACUUCUAAAUGAUCUUUUAUAUUUUACAUAAGGUCACUCAAAUGAAAGGUAUUUAAAAAUACAUCUCUUCUACGUUGCUCAUUGCUGUCUGUAAAAUAUCAGAUAUUAUGGAUGUUAGAUUGCAUUUCCAUUGUUAAACCUUCACUGAUAAUUUAUGUAAGUCAUGCAACUUCUCUCUGUAAAUACAGAAGUGAAGUGUAGGCAUAAAAUGUUCCUGCCAUUUGGGUAAUGGCACUAUGCAGUAUUUAUGGAAUAACUAAUGACAAAAAUAUAUUUUACAUAUCCCUAGCCAUAAAUUUUCUUUGCAGUAAAAUAUUAAUUUUACUUUAUUAAUAUUAUAGAAGGGGGCUUAAAACAAGGAACUAAAACAACCUGUAUGUAGGAUAAUUAGCCUUAAGUAAUCUUUUAUUUUGAUAGCAGUAUUUGUUUUGGUUUCUUAGAAGAGUAUAUGAAGCCUAAUUAUGUUGGAGGUGAGAGCUGAAUAGCUUUUUCCUGAAAUGGUACUCUAUACUUUCAUUUUGGAGAACACUCAAUUCUGAGAUUCCUGAUAGAACCAGAUUUUUUUUUCCAGCUUAGCAGUGGUUUAAAAGUGGAGGAAUCCCAGUGCCUCUUAGGACGUUGUGUGGUUCCAUUUAAAAAGCUCCUAAUUGUUUUUGGAUAAUAGAAUUUACGGUUUUUGUGUCACAAAUUAUUUGGACCUAAGUUCAUAUUUUUUGUUUAAAAGCUACUAAAAAACUAUUCGUUAGCAGGAAGAAAAGAACUCCCACAUACUACUGAAGUAGGAAAUACAAUUAAAGAAAAAUAUAUACUGAAUAAUGUUUUUAUAUUUCCACAUUUUUUGCAACUUUAAGGAUAUUAAGUAACUCACUUCACAUUUUUAAGGACAGAACUUAGAAUAAAUUAUAAUCUUAGGGUUAUAAAAUUAUAAAGUAAUGGCUAAAUUUUUACUUCAGUAUUAGUGAAAAAGUGAUCACUGGACAAAGAUCUGAAUUCCAGUGUGAUUUUUGCCCUUGUGUUCUUAUUUGUUAAAUAUGGGUCAUUGGUAGACAACAUUAUUGAUUAAACAAUUAGGGGAAAUGAUAUAUGAACUCAGAGACAUUUGUUAAAUUACUUGAAGUUUGUACUCCAUACUAGAUUUAUGUUUGUUUUAAUAUCAGCAUGUUUAAGGGGUGCCCAGGUGGCUCAGUCGGUUAAGUAUCCGACUUCGGCUCAGGUCAUGAUCUCACAGUUCAUGGGUUGAACCCUAUGUCAGGCUCUGUGCUGACAGCUCAGAACCUGGAGCCUGCUUCAGAUUCUGUGUCUCCCUAUCUCUCUGCCCCUCCCCCACUCAUGCUCUGUCUCAAAAAUAAACAUUAAAAAAAUUAAAAAAAAUCAACAUGUUUAAGAUCACAUACUGUCAGAUUUCCUACCUUGAGACCAUCAAUUUGGGAAAUUGAGCUGAAAAGAGAACUGUUUGGUUAUUAAACUUUGAGAUGCAGUAUCAGUUCUUCCUGUCAGGAAUUCAUAGUAUUUUGAGAUCCCAGAUAUCUUUAUAAACUGUAUGGAUGCAGAUGCCACCGUUCCCCCCUUCCCUCCUCUGCAGCUCUCUAAGUACGGUUCUAUCACUGAGUUGUCCCUUUAAAAUGUUGCCUGAGAAGUGGCAUGGUACAGUGCUGUUUCUAUUUGUCUGAUUGAGACCUCUGCUGGGCAGUUAGUGUAACACAAAAGCAUAAAAUUUUCCUGACCUUUGCUUCAUAGAACUUAUGUAUUCUUCAAUUGUUUAAGGGUAAUAUAACUUUGGAAGUCAUAGAAAAGAAUUUGCUUACACAUUUGCCUUAUAAAACCUUGUAGGAUAGCAGAAAAAACUCAUUAAGGGACACUUGGCUGGCUUAGUAGAGUAUGCAACUCUUGAUGCUGGGGUUGUGAGUUUGAGCUCCACCCUGGGAGUAGAAUUUACUUAAACUCAUUAAGUCUUAUUUCUUAAAAAUAGAAAACCUUGAAAGAUGUUUAUGUUAUAGAAAUAAGUUCCAUAAGGACUGGCCUCUUUCCUAACAUUCCACGAAGUAGCACUCUUCUUUUCUAGUUGGAAGAAUUUUUAGGUAACUUGCCUUCUUAUCACAUAGAUGGAGUAGGCAGUGUUUUGUAUUCAUGCAAGUGCCUAUGUGUAGAAGGGAUUUAUCUGGAGCUUCAGAUACUGUCUUAAGUCCCAGUGAUUGCUAUAAGAGAGGACUGUAGAAGCUCAACCUGUGUGGUUUUUUUCAUUGAAUAAAUGGAAAUGAUAGUAUGACUACAGGAUUUUUUAUGAGGAUCCAGGUAAUAUAUGCAAAAUAAUCAUUUCAAGGCCACUCCCAUAAUAGGUAGUAUUGAAUUCUUAGCUGUUAGGAUUGGCUUUGUGACCACACAAAACUUACAGGCAAUGGGCUUUGCCUUGGGAGAAAGGUGGAGGGUAUUAGGGUUUGGGGAUAGCUGUCACUAAAUUGAGUACAGUGCACUUAGUCCACAAAGCCAGAGUUAUGUAGGGCUUAAAAUGUUAAUUUUAACUUUUAAUUUCACCUAGAAAAAUCAGUUAUUUAGAGCAUCUUAUUCCCCAUUCUGUUACGAAGAUUGGGAGGGGGAAAUCCAUUUCUGAUUUGUCAGCUCAUGAUUUAAACAGUGAAUUGUCACCCAUAAUAUCAAGGGUUAAUUUAUAUAAGACAGUUUAUCCCCCCCACCAAUCCUUCUUACAUUUUAAAAGGAGAUUGAAAAAAAUCAGACUUUAAUUAUACAGAUGUAUAGUAUACAUUAUAAUAUUGAAUGAAUACUACCUGGUAAAAAUUAGCACAGUAGCCUGCUGAAUUAAAAGUGUUCAAAAGAUAAGGGGGAAAAAUAAGUAUCAAAAAAGAGAAAACAGUUUCAAAGUCUAUUUCUUUUGGAAAAUUCUUUCUAUAUAUAUUUUUUUUUUUUUUUACAUAUAACAGAAUUGAAAAUAUAACUCACACAUUUUGCCCUGCAUGUUUUUGUUUUGAGUAUCAAUUAGCCUUAUGUUGAUUUGAAAUUUUUUGGUGAGUUGAAUUUCUUUGUGAAGAAGUGACUUUUUAAGAAUAUAUUCUCAUGUUCUGAAUGUAAGAAUCUCUACUUUCUGGUGCCACUGGUGAGCCUUUGGUUUAAGCUGUCCUGCUCCAAAAUUUUCCUUGGUUUUUAUAACUUAACUGAAUCCAUCAUAUAGGGAUUGAAGGUGAUAUUUGUGCUUCCUAACCUUCCCUAAGGUACCAGUUACUGUAUCUCAUUCUGUAACCUCUAGUUUUGUGGCUGCCCUUUGAUCUUGCUAAUAGAUUCCUUUUCAACAUUUGUGAUAAAGUCUUGACUAAUAGACAUCUCCAUCCUGUUCAGCAAAUCCAGGCAGCUCAUUUUAUCAUAAUCUCCAAGGGUCCAGGGAUGGCUUCUAUCUUAUCCCAGGCACAUAUUAAAGUACCUGGUGCCUGGAAGAUGCUUGAUAAUUGUGACUAAGUGGAAAAUUAGUGUGUAGCUACAUGCUAGGUUUACUGGACGGUUUUUUGUUUUUUGUUUUUUUAAAUAACCAGUAACUUCAAAGAUACAAAAGAUAAAUUACCAGCAGUGAGCUGCAUUAAGAAAGGAAGCAUUCUGUGACUUCAGCAUUAAUCAAAUCUGUUAGGAAGACUUGCUUAAGAGCAGUGUUUGCCUUAGGUGUCAUACCAAAUUUUGCUUAGGUCUACUUCUUUAGUGGCCACAGAUCAACCUGCAUUUCUGGGUUUGGCUGGAGCAUUCCCAUGUCAGGAAAUCCUACGAAGGACUGAACAUAAGCUGUUAUUGUUAUGGCAGUCAUAGAGUAUAAAAACAUAAAUAAGGACAAUGAAUUGGGAAGAAUCUAUUAAUACCUCAAGAGUACUGUUCCAAAGUAAUGUUAACCAAACAAAAAAUACAAGAGACAGGCUCUUUAGUAUUUUGAGGAACUUAGUUUUCAGAAUGACAGCUUUUAAAUACUUGCUUUAGUCUAUUACAGUAAAGUGCUAAUAUGUUUAGUUUGGUGGCAAGCUGUGGACUCUUAGGAACACCAGUGAAAAGUAUGCCAUUCUAGUCAGUUACUCCACACAUUUGUCUAGUGUGCAUCUAAUGAGACUUCCAUAUUUCCUCUUCUGAUAGCAAGGAAUGCAGUACAGGGAGGGAGUGAGCAAGUAUUAAAGGCAGUUUACUUGAUUCAAAGAAUUUGCCAUUCAGAAGCAUAGUACAACAUACUCCUAUUUGUUAAAUUUUAGGUGUUUACAUUGCAUGGUUCACUGAGUUUCCCUUCAGCCCUCAGAUUCUUCAUGCUGCCAAAACACCACAGCUAUUAGCUUUUGACUUUGUACUAACACAGUUUCCCCCAUUUCUUAGAUUAUACACAAAAAGAACUACCAGAAAAUACAUUAGAAGAAUAGACAACGGAAAUAAAAAUUGUGUAGGGAAAAACCUCUCAAAGGAGAAAAUAUGCAGGUCAUAACCUCUCAAUACCAUUGUUCUCACAUUUACAAACAUGUAGUACUACCUAGUUCCAGAGUUGUGAGAAUCUAGUACCAGUUAUUACCGACAGGUACGUUGCAUUUAUCUUAGAAUAUUCACAACCCUUUAAGUCUGCCCUCAUUUUGCAGAUGAGGAACCUGAGGUUAAGAGAGAUUGAAUAGUGUGAUCCAUGUCACUAACAACUAGCAGAGCUUAGAAUUAAGCUCAGUCUGACUGAGUCAGUCACCUGCUGGUAUUCUGAAUAGCCUCUAGUAUGAUGCCUGGCACAUGGUUGGUGCUCAAUAUAUGUUUACUCAUUCAAGGGAAACAAUCUAUCAAGUAGAAGAAGGGGUUCUGGAGAACUGGAUAGGUUUUUAUGGAGUAGUUUAAUUUUUUUGUGUGUAGGACUGACAGGUGAUCAUUUGUCCCAGCUUGAGUGUAAUUAAGACAGCAAAUCUAAGGAAAUGUUUUUGAAAUUUAUUGUCUUAAAGUAAAUUAGGAUAGUAAUGCCUGUAAUUACAGUGUAAUUUCUAAUUAUUGAAGGAAAUACUCACCUGGCCCUGAAAUGUAUGCUAAUCCUGCUAUCUAAAAAAUUUGAAAUUUUACCAACACCUGCUUUUAUUUAUGAGCAAUUUCAGUGUUCAUCAAUUAGGUUUUGAAAUGUUUGUGUCUGCUGUGUAUGAGACAUUGUUUGCCUCAUUUAGCAACAAAAUAAUUAGUUUGUUAUAUUUGAGAAAUUUGAAUCAUUGGGAAUUGUCUUCAUCUAGUUACAGUUUAUAGGACUUUGAAAAUUUAAUAGGUAUUUAUUCUUCUGCCAGUUCUUAAAAUUCUCCAGGACUGUUGGGAUUAUUGCCAACAGUCCUAGGGACUGAAAGUUAUGAUGCUGAUAAGCUUCAGGGUUCAUUUGAGGUGAGAGGUGGCUUUUGAAGAUGCCCAGUAGGCUAUUUGAGCUGUCUUAACAACUGAAAGGGAAAAAAAUCUUCAGAUCAUCUUCUCAAAAUGUACAGCGUACAUGAUAACAUGUCAUUCCCACUUUUAAGUAGAAUCUCAGAAAUAAUGUGGGUCCUAUCAAGUGAUUUUACUUCUUUUGGCUAGAUGGGAAAUCCCCACUAGAGAUUAGGCAUCCAGGAAGGUUUGGGUCAAAUCUGUUAAAGGACAGCUAUAGUAGCAUGCAGAGAGUGGGCCUUAAACUUGUUGGCACAUUAGAAUUAUAUGGGCCAGCCAUAAAAUUAACAAUGCCAGAGCCCUGUCCCAGGCCAAUUAAAUGAGAAUCUCUGGGAUUAGGCCCAGACAUUGGUAUUUUUUAAAAAGCUACCAAGUAAGGGUUGACCAAUAACAACACCAUAGUAGCCUCUUCAACUUUCUUACUCCCAUGCACACACAAUGUAUAGUUACAUACAGAGCAGUUACUACUGAAGAAAAUCCAGAAACUAGCUAGGUGACUUACACGUUAGCUGAAUGAGGAAAUGGCCACAUUGAAAUGAGUAGGAAAGGCUGAGACACAUUUCCAGUAAAUCUGGUACAAGACCAUACAACGAGGAAAUAACUCCACAACUCCUAUCUUCUCCCUGAGGAGUAAAGGGUUUGGAAUGCACAUCUGGUGCCCUAACUUCUAAGACGCUCACCCAAGGGACAGGUCCCCACAACACCUAGCACUGAACACCAGUGACACUUGGGUACAAGACUGUAGCAAACAAAAGAGUAGUUACUGGUAUGUGAACACUUAACAAGGGCUGCCCUUCCUGGGCCCAGUAUAAAGGGAGCAGGCAAAAUUACCCAUAUUCAAAUUUUUGAUUUUUAUUUAAUUAUUAUAGAGAAUGAGCCGAGGAGAGGGGUGAGGGAGACUGAGAAUCUUAACCAGGAUUCACACUCAGUGUGGAAUCUGACAUAGGUCUCUAUCCCAUGAACUUGGCUGGGAUCAUGAUGAGCUGUAAUCUAGAGUCAAUGCUCAACCAACUUAUCCACCCAGGUGCCCCCGACUCCAUCUCCCCGUUUUUGUUUUUUGUUUUUUUAACUAAAAGGGGACCCAUCUGCAUACUUUGAAAACUGCUGACUGACGGUCAGACUUCUCCUUUAACACACAUCUAGGAAACUGGUGGACACCUCUCCUGUUGUCUCCCCACAGCCCAAAGUUGCUAAUGUCAUUGUGGAAGAAACUUGUACACACAUUUGUACCCCAGCUUUUGCACUGCUGUCCAAGUGACCUGCCCAUGGAUCACCUAGUAUUGCGACUUGCAUUCUCAAGUUUCACAGGCACAGUAGUCACUUGCAGCUAUACAUACAUGUGGGCCCAGAGUAGAGGAAGCAGGCAAAAAUGCCCAGCUCCCAAUGUCUCCCUGGAAGGGGCUUAACCACAUAUUGCUCAUCUAUUGCCUGAGGGUCUGACUUCUAAUCAGCUUGCAUCUAAGGAAUGACUGAGAUCUUCACUCUGGGACACACUGGGAUAGGUUCUGGUCCCGCUUCAGCUGGAGGCUACCAAUAAGGAAGAAGGGAGCUUGGACAAUUAGGAAAGCAUCCGAGGUGAGGCUGAUAGAUGUUCAUCUCCUAUAUAAGGCUACUCUGUCAAGAUUGAGAGAUGUGGCUAUUUUACCUAAGAUGCAGAAAUCAACAUUGUCAACGAAAAUGAAAACAGAAAUAUAUUUUGAAUAAUUCUGAAGUAGCUCCUGCUCUGUCUGCCUUACCUUGCAGGCAGCUCUGGCAGAGGCUGGCACUACUCCAAGGGACUCCUGCCUUGGGGAGAGGGAGAACCAACCUCACACACCCGUGUGCCUGCUAUUCCAGCAGCUGAGCCUCCUAGCUGGCUGUGGAGGAAAUAAGUCCUGCCAUUCAGUGCCCCAGAACUGUGGCAGAGAGGCUAACUGCAGACACGUAGCCUGAAUGGCAGCCCAACCUACCUACAAGCCCAUGGCCACCUCAUUCGGGGCUCUCAACAGCAUAGGGACCAAACCCUGCCCAGUGCCCAAACUGAUGAGUGCACCCACAUCAGGCAAACAGGUCCUUGCAGCAGUCUGGGCUGAAGUCAGAUGCUUUAGCCACAACACUAGGGAACAUGCAGCCCAUAUAGAAGACAUCUCCAGAGUGCUGGUCCUGGUAACUAAGGAGGAUUGUGCUACUAGGAACCAGAGGACUUCUACACAAGGUCACUACUUUCAAGAUCAGGAGACAUAGCUGAUCUCCCUAAUACAUAGAAACAGACAAAAUGAGACAGGGAAUAUGUCCCAAAUGAAGGAACAAGACAAAGUCACAGCAAGGGAGCCAAAUGAAUUCUUGAUAUGGCAUAUUGCUCAUCUCUGUUUCAAAGCAAUGGUCAUAUAGAUACUGGACUCAAGAAAACAGUAGAUGAGCUCAGUAAGAACUUCAACAAAGAGAAAAUAUAAGAAAGAAUCAGAGAUGAAGAAUUCAGUAAUGGAAAUAAAUUUACUAGAGGAAAUUCAGAGCAGAUUAGAGGAUACAGAAGAAUGGAUCAGUGAUUUGGUAAUGGAAAGCAAACAAGCUGAACAAUUAAGAAAAUGAGAAUAGGUUAAGGUAACUCAGCAACACCACCCUAACAGUAACAUUGUAGGGACACUAGAAGGGGAAGAGAGGAGGGGAGCAGCAAACUUACUUGAAUUAACAGUGGAAAACUAAUUGGGGAAGGAAGCAGAUAUCCAGAUCCAGGUAACAGAGACCCUAAGAUUAACCCAAGCAUGUCCACACCAAGACAUAAUAAUUAAGAUGGCAAAAAGUAAUAAUUUUAAAAGCAGCAAAAGAAAACACAACAGAAACCUCAUAAGGCUAUCAGCUGACUUCUCAGCUCAACUUUCCAGGCUAGAAGAUAGUGGCAUGAUAUAUUCAAAGUGCUUAAAGGAAACAACAACAACAACAACAACAAAUAGAUCAAUGGAAAAGGAUAGAGAGCCCAGAAAUAAACCUACACAUAUAUGGUCAAUUAGUUUAUGGCAAAGGAAGCAAAAAUAUACAAUGAGGAAAAAACAGACUUUCAGUAAGUGGUGCUGGGGAAACCGGGCAGCUGUAUGUAAAAGAAUGAAGCCAAACCACUUUCUUAUACCAUACACAGACCCUCUUCCAAAACAGAACCCACCCCUCAGAAUAUUUAUGGAUAUGUCCCCUCAGGCAAAGGAAACAAAAGCAAAAGUAAACUAUUGAGAGUACACCAAAAUAAAAAGCUUUCACACAGCAAAGGAAACCAUCAACAAAACAAAAAGGGAGCCUCAGUGAAUGUAAGUAUUUGCAAAUGAUACCUGACAGUGGAUUAAUAUCCAGAAUAUAUGAAGAAUUUAACACCAAAAAAAAAAAAAAAAAUCAAUCUGAUUUAAAAAUGGACAGAGUAUCAAGACAUUUUCCCAAAGUAGACACAGAUGGCCAAUGGAAACACGAAAAGAGGUUCAAUAUCACUAACCAUCAGGGAAAUGCAAAUCAAAACCACAAUGAGAUACCACCUCUUACAAGUCAGAAUAGCUAUUAUUAAAAAGACAGAACAAAACAAGUGUUGGUGAGGAUGUGGGAAAAAAGGAAUCCUCAUGCACUGUUAGAAUGUAAAUUGUUGUAAGCACUGUGGAAAGCCACAUGAAAGUUUCUCAAAAAAUAGCAUUAGCAUAUGAUUCAGUAACUUCACUACUAGAUAUAAACCAAAGAAAAUGACAACACUAAUUCAAAAGAUAUAUGCACCCCUAUGUUUAUUGCAGCAUUAUCUACAAUAGUCAAUAUUUGGAAGCAAACCAAAUGUCCAUUGAUAAAUGAAUCAAUAGAGAAGACAUGGUAUGUGUAUACAAUGGACAUUGCUCAGUCAUAGGCAAGGACGAGAUCUUGCCAUUGUUGACAACAUGAAUGAACCUAACGAGUGUUAUCUAAGAGAAGUCAAAGAAAGACAGAUACCAUAUGAUUUUAUUUAUGAAUCUAAACAACCAAACACCUGAACCAACAAACAGACACACAGACUCUUAAGUAGAGUAAGUUGGUGGUUGGCAGAGGGGAGGUGAGUGGUAGGGAUGGGUUAAAUAGAUAAUGAUUAAGAGGUAUAAAACUUACAGUUAUGAAACAAGUCAGAUGAAAACUACAGCAUAGGGAAUGUAGUCAGUAAUAUUGCAAUAAUGUAUGGUGACAGAUGUUGAUAUGUUUAUCAGUGGUGAGCACUGAGUAAUGUAUAAAAGUGUUGAAUCAUUAUGUUGUGUACCUGAAACUAAUAUAACAUUGUAUGUUAAUUAUACUACAAUAAAAAAAAAAUCGAAAAGAGUGAAGAUAGCUUAAGGGACUUACAGAAGAACAUCACAUGGAUCAACACUCACAUUUAUAAUGGUCCCUGAAGGAGAAAAUAAAGGUGCAGACAAUUUAUUUCAAGAAAUAGUGACUGAUAAUCCAGGGCAAGAAAUAGACCUCCAGGGUAAGGAGACCAGAGAGCUCCAAAUAAGAUCAACUCAGAGAACCACACAAAGACACAGUAUAAUUAAAUUGCCUAAAGUUAAGAACAGGGAGAGAAUCUUAAAAGCAUCAAGAGAAAAACAUUUGUUAUGUACAAGACUGUGAGCAGAUUUUCCAGCAGAAAUUUCAUGGGCCAGAAGGGAGUGGCAUGGUAUUUUCAAAGUGCUGAAAGAAAAAAUUGCCAACUAAGAAUACUUUACCUGGCAAAGCUGUCCUUGAGAACUGAAGGAGAGGUAAAGAUUUUCCUAUAUGAAGAAAAAGAUAAAAACUGAUGGAGUUUAUUACCACUAAGCCAGGCUUAUAAGAAAUAUUAAAGGGACUUAUUGAAGGUGAAAUGAAAGGGUACUAAUUACUAACAGGAAAACAUCAAAGUAUAAAUCUCUAUCUGUAUAAAUCUAUGUAUAAAGGUAAGUACACAGCAAAAUUCAGAUCUCAUGUAGCAGUGGGGGAUAAUUACCUAUAAAGCUAGUAUGUUUAAAAGACAAAAAUAACCAUAAGCACAAUAACUUAAUAGAUACACAUAAUCAAAAUAUGUAAAUUUCAACAUCAAAAAUGGAUUAUAGGGGUAUGGGGAGUAAAAAAUUUUAUUUUAUUUUUUUUUUUAAUUUUUUUUUUCAACGUUUUUUUAUUUUUGGGACAGAGAGAGACAGAGCAUGAACGGGGGAGGGGCAGAGAGAGAGGGAGACACAGAAUCGGAAACAGGCUCCAGGCUCUGAGCCAUCAGCCCAGAGCCUGACGCGGGGCUUGAACUCACGGACCGCGAGAUCGUGACCUGGCUGAAGUCGGACGCUCAACCGACUGCGCCACCCAGGCGCCCCGGGAGUAAAAAAUUUUAGAAUGUGUUUGAACUUAAGUUGUCAAUCUAAAAUGGACUUAAAAUUUUUUUAUGUAAUCCUAAUAAUCACAGAUGCACAAAUCCACAAAACAAAAAUGUCCAUUAGAUACAAAAAGUUAAGGGGAAAGGAAUUAAGCAAACCAGUAAACAAAGUCACCAAAUCAUGAAGGAGAGAGAAAGAGAAGAAAGGACUAUGGGAACAACAAAGCAGAAAGAAUGAACAAAAUGACAAUAAAUACCUGUAAGUUAAACGUAAACAGGCUAAAUUCUCUAAUCAAAAGACAGAUGGGCUGAAUGGAUAAAAAACAAGACCCAUCCAAACAAUAGACUCACUUCAGAUGUAAAGACACACAUGGACUAUAAGUCAAAGGAUGGUAAAAGAUAUCCUAUACAAACAAACCAAGAGAAAGCUGGGGUAGCUAUGCUUAUAGUCAGACUAAAUAGGCUUAGAGAUAAACACUGUAAUAGGACACAAAAAAUCAUUAUAUAAUGUUUAGUCAAUCCAAGGGGAUAUAACAUUUGAAGUAUUUAAUUGUCCAACAUAGGAGCACCUAAAUAAAUCAAGCAAAUAUAAGGAGAGCUAAAG